AUGCUCACCACGGCCCCUCACCUGCGCAUUCGCCGCCCCUCUCCCACAACGGCAGAAUUCACCGUCACGACGCUCCCGCCGCAGACGCUACCCCUGCGCCUCCUCUGGCUCCUCCUCCUCUUCCUGCGCAUCUCCCUCUCCGUCACAAUGCUGCUCAUCCUCUACGCGCGCUGGGACACACCUGCUGGUGCGAUACUGGCUAAGAUCGCGGCGACGGUGUCGCUACCGGUGCUGCUGCCUGUUGCUGUGGCGGUGUUUUACGCGCUGAGUUUGAGGGUGCAUAAGCAGGAGAGCUUGUUGGUUUUGAGGGGGUUAGGUGUGCAGACGUGUGAGAGCCCGGCGACGUAUUUGGCGGGGGCGGCGACGCGAUUUAUUCCGACGGAGAAGAUUCAGGAUAUUUUGGUGAAUGAGGCGUUUCGUGGGUUUGAGGUUAGGUAUUAUCUUGUGGUGGUGGUGGAGGGGGAGGAGGAUGUCGUGGUUGUGUUUCCGGGGUUGUUGCCCAAGAGGAAGAUUGUCGAGACUGUAUGGAGGGGGGUGAGAGAGUGUUUGUAUGAGGGGAGAGGGGAGGAUAGGGGGUUGGCGAGUGAUAAGUGA